ACGGCUAGUUAGCAGAACGGUCCGCAGGGAUGGACGGCACCAGUAUUGUUGCGCGGCGGGGAUUGGAUUGUAAGACGUUGCAGGGCUUGUUUCCACACGAUCUCUUAUCCGAGUUCAGUCCGUCCAAACCCACUCGUCGCUGCUCAUUUUUCUUUCUUUUCUCCUUCUGCCUCUGUUUUCCGCAACGCGUUACUGCCACUGCCAUGAAAAACGUCCCCUGCGUGUCCUCUCGGCUUUUCUGCUUCCCUAAGCUCUACCAGGCUGCAUUAGGAAGUCAGCAGGUUGGUGAAUGGCAUUUGCUGCACGCUCGACCAUUUUCUACUAUGAUCAAAGUAGCCAAAUCACAAAUUAUAAGUGGCUGUGUAAGAAGGCUUUGCAUUUUCGUGCCGCAGUUAUGGUGAAAAUAGGGCGAAAUAGAAAGUCAAGACUCUCACCGUUGAUGAGAUAUUGCAGAAAUGAUCAUAGGUUGGAUUUUUCAAGAUGUGCUAAGCUGCUGUCAGGUGUGAUGGAUAUGGUUCUUUCAAUGUGUAGCAGUGACAAGGCUAUGGCAGAGGCAAAAGGCGUAUCUGGAUUUCCAAUGGUAAUAUUGACUGCUCAGAAGCAAUGGAACCGAUUACAAUUCACUAAAGUGGUUGGUGUGUUGGCUUGCACAUUCUUGAUCAUUCCAUCGGUUAAUGCUGUGGAUGCUCUCAAAACUUGUACAUGCUUGCUGAAGGAGUGCAGGAUAGAACUUGCCAAGUGCAUUGCAAAUCCAUCAUGUGCAGCCAAUGUUGCUUGUCUCCAAACCUGCAACAACAGGCCUGAUGAGACUGAAUGCCAGAUUAAAUGUGGGGAUUUAUUUGAAAACAGCAUUGUGGAUGAUUUUAAUGAGUGUGCAGUCUCACGGAAGAAAUGUGUUCCCCAGAAAUCUGAUGUAGGAGAAUUUCCGAUCCCCGAACCAUCUGUUCUUGUUAAGAACUUCAACAUAACAGAUUUCAAUGGGAAGUGGUUUAUAACUAGUGGCUUAAAUCCUACCUUUGAUACUUUUGAUUGCCAAGUCCAUGAGUUUCAUACCGAAUCUGGCAAACUUGUGGGGAAUUUGUCAUGGAGAAUUAGAACUCCUGAUAAUGGAUUUUUUACUCGGUCAGCCAUGCAAAAAUUUGCGCAAGAUCCAAACCAACCUGGGGUAUUGUACAAUCAUGAUAACGAGUAUCUGCACUACCAAGAUGACUGGUAUAUACUAUCAUCCAAGGUAGAGAAUAAACCAGAUGACUACAUAUUUGUGUACUACCGGGGCAGGAAUGACGCAUGGGAUGGAUACGGAGGGGCUGUCUUGUACACAAGAAGCGCUGUUCUACCCGAAAGCAUUGUGCCGGAGUUGGAGAAAGCAGCAAAAAGCGUUGGACGGGAUUUCAACAAAUUCAUCAAAACGGAUAAUACUUGUGGACCUGAGCCUCCCCUUGUUCAGAGGCUAGAGAGGACAGUAGAAGAGGGAGAAAGGACAAUUAUACGAGAGGUUGAGCAGAUAGAAGGAGAGGUCGAGCAGGAGGUUGAGAAAGUGGGUAAGACUGAGAUGACCUUGUUUCAGAGAUUGCUUGAAGGGUUUAGAGAGCUCCAAAAAGAUGAGGAGAACUUCUUAAGGGAGCUAAGCAAGGAAGAAGUAGAAAUUUUAAGUGAGCUAAAAAUGGAGGCAAGCCAGGUGGAAAAGGUUUUUGGACAAGCUUUGCCAUUAAGGAAGCUAAGAUAAAACUGAAUCGAGGAAAGACCCGCUGAUUCAUUGAAACAUAUUAAAAAUAUUGUUUGAAGUGUUCAAAACUACUUAUUUUUUAGAUUUGCGAAAGAUUUUUUUUCCUGAA